AUGGCCCGCGUCAACUCGAUGCUCGCCGUCGCGGCGGCGGCACUGUUCGGCGCCACGCUCGCCACGUGCAAGAGCAACACCGGCCUCCUGCAGAUGGUGACCUACGUGAAGCGUCACCCAGACUUCACGCGCCAGGAGUUCUGGGACUACUGGCAGACGCAGCACGCGCCGAGGGUCGCGCCCCUGGCCGCGCACUUCAACAUCAGCCGCUACCAGCAGGUAAAAAGCAACCACCAUAGCCCCUUGACCCCUUCCUUGCUCCGUCGUCCAGGUCGGAGGCAAGAUCCCGCCACCGUAGCCGGCGCCGCGGAGCCCGUGUCGAACGAGCUCGUCGACUUUGACGGCAUCGCCAUGUUCCUGUACGAGGCGCCCGAGGUCCUCGGCGCCAUGCUCUCGCACCCUUACUACACCGCCGUCGUUGAGCCCGACGAGCACGUCUUCAUCGACAAGUCGGCGCCGGGCAACGGCAUGGUCGCGACGUACAUUGGCAACCACGUCGAGGUCGUCGAUAGGGCGAGGGACGUCUGGGUGGGAGACGACGCCACGCGUAUCAAGUUCCAGCAGCUGUUCGACUCGUAUGCGUAG